AAAGCAAUAAAUCAAACAUGUACGAAAAAGUUAGAUGCAAAAUUCGUAUAUUUUAUUGCAAUUCCAUGUGCGGUUAUUGAUACUAUUCAGCUGUAGUAAGCUGAGAAUGUGCGAUUCUAUUGACAUAAGUGAGUGGAUUUACAAAUACAGAAGUAACAUUGUACGAUUCCUGGUGUCGCUAAGGGAUGUCGGGAAAGAAACGUGUUACGAAAUCCAAGAUAUUCUUGACCCAAACCGAACUAGGGACAAGAAAAGGCAGCACCUCGCUGUGGCAUUGGUUUGUUCGAGAGAAAUUGAAAACGAGAAUCAUUCCAUUCUAGAAGAAUUCACUAAGUAUCUUCAUUCGGGUGUCUUUCACAUUGGUCACGAUAGAUUGGUACAAAAGGACAGAAUGGCUGUCGUCAUGAACAGUACGAGAAGAUUCCAUUUUACCCAUGGUGAAUGUCGCAUCUUUGACCCUCAAAGACAUUUCCUUUAUGAAAUCAUUGACGAAGGACAUAGAAAAGCUGGUAUAAACGAGUCUGUCAAACGGUCCAGUAAAACCAUCUACGUGAACGAUUCUGCUAAGGGGACAUUAGGACAAAUGCAUGCAAGUCUUAAAAAGACACACACGGCCCAAGACGGCUGUAUACACCUUUAUGUUUUAUUUUCACACUAUGUGCCAUGUGACAUUGACUUCCACGAGUGUUCUUCCAUACUUGACAAGUUUGUAAGUUCUGAUAAACAAAAUCUUAUUAUCGGAUAUGAGGCUGCUUUUGAAUUUACAAACGAGAAACGUUCUCUCGAAAUUCUUGAUCAAAACGAAAACAUUUUCAUUGUCAAGCCAAAAGCAAUAUUCAAAGAAAUUCGUUCACAGAUGGAAACUUUCUUCCAUUGCGCGAACCAAACUACAUACAGAGAAGACGAGAAAAACAAAGAAUAUUUCAAGUCGAAUGGUCUCAUUAGUAAACGAAAUAAAUUAUUUACGCAACCCGAAGCUAAAGUUGUUUCGAGGCGGAAGCGACAUACGUUAAAGAGGAACUAUUUUUAUGAUACAGUGUAAUAGUCUUACGCAUACGCCCUGUUCUGCAAACGUUGACGUCAAUAGCCGUGAUAUCGAGAAUGUUUGUUUACAGUUGAAACUAAUACACGCAUCAUUUAUAUCGGCUUUUGUUCCAACAAAAUUUUAUUUCGUACGUUAAAUGUGAUUGUUAUCUUCAUGCGAACAUAAACUAUGCAUACUGUCUACUAUGUAUGGUGUGAAUCCUUUGCCAUAAAUCGAACCGUGUGGUGUAUACUUAUCAGACUAGAGGUAAAUGUGAAAGCAAAAGUAAGGUUGUACCAGAGAUGUUGCGUUCAGAUUUACAACUGAAGGCUUUCAAAAAACAUUAUCCAGUAUCCAGUGGCUGGGAUAAAAAUAGAACAAUGUUACCAUAAUGUUAAAGAACGUUCUACAACGGUAUCUAGAAGCACCUUAAUAUGCAGUGCAGUUAAAGGCAUAGUUUAAGCCUUCUAUAAGUGACCCAUCCCUCCUCCCCCAAAACAACACGAAAAUAACAAAACAAAACAAAAAAUGUGUACAGUACACAACCUCUGUUUACUGAUCUUAAUAUUCUUGUCUUGAUUCCUCUUAUCAGAUCUUUGACCUGAGUUGAGGUAAAUACGGUGGCAUGGAGGUGUGAUACGUUUUUUAUCUGGUUAAAGCGACUUACGUUUCUCGUCAAAACGACUAUGAAACUCGUUAACGACAUACUAACUCGUUUUAACGACUUUCGUAUCUCAGUGAAACGACUUAAUAUCUCAUUAAGGGAUGUCUUGUGUAUCUCGAUAAACGACAUACUAUUUGCCAAUCAGAAUAGCCUAAUACAUGUAUCUACAUAACUAUCGAUGAAGAUCAUCCCUGGUCUCAGCAAAGUUUACAAUGUAGCGAGUUCGAGUAAUUUUAUUACGUGGUUCGGACUGGCAAAUGUUGGGAGGUUUUUCGCAUAUGGACAAACAUUUCCCGCCUUAAAGCGGAGAGUUCUUCCCAUAUUUAGUUGUUCUUACUGAUGGCAUUUCUAUACAGUUUUCAUAUCUGAUAUUAAAAUUACAUGUCUGAAAAGCUACAAGGUUUUGAGCAUAUUCUGGUGAGAUACCGUACAGACAUUUGUAAGUUUCAAUAGCGAUGCAUCUAUCUGCUAAAAUGUAAUGUUGGCUAUUGAACUCUUUGAAGAGAUUUUCAUAAG